AAAUGUUUUGAUCUGUACUAUAGAUGUAAAAUAAGAAAUGUUUGAGAAGUAUCUACCAAACUUGCACCAUAUCACAAAUUCUGUAGUUUUAUUUACUUACCCAAAUAACUGAAUGUUUGAAGGAAAAUUUUCACAACCUUUCACUGGUUAUCCCUUUAGUUUGUUACAUUGAUUGCUUGCAUUGAUGUGAAAUGCUUAGUGGCAAAAUCUAAUUAUUACAUUUUUUUUGAAUUGUUUGGAUUGUUUACCACAUGUGUCACAUGAUAAAUCUAAUUAUUACAUUGAUUGCCACGGUUGGGAUGUUUAGAGGAGUAGAUUAAUUUCAAGUACUACUAAAUCGACGACAAUUAAUAUGGAUCGGAGGGAGUAGGUAUCUCCUCUGAACAAAGAAUACUUGGGUACUUCCUAUCGUGGCAAUGUGUAUGUUCAAACAAACAAAAAAAAAAGCUGCCGAGCAAUGCAAAUCAUGUACGGUAGUCAAAGGGCCAAAGUGAAAAUGUACCCUUUGAAAAAUGCUGCUCCCGUGUCCCGACGAGGCGACGCCUUCCUUCGUGUUGAACGGCGACCAAAUCGCGUGCGUGCCGGGAAAAAGUAUACGACAAGAGAAAGCAUGUGACAAGGCUGCCCUCGUGCUCCUUCUCCGUCUCUUCUUCCUUCGUCAGAUCCAGCGCCCCAUCCACGCCGCCGUUGGAGGUUUCUCCGCCGGCUUGCUGUUGUAGGAGGGAGAAAGCAGAGCAUGGGGCUGCGGGGCGCCGAGCCGGCAGCGCUUAGCGGCAGCAUGCCCAGCCUGCCGGGAUUCUUCGGCCGGCAGAGCAGGUACCUGCGCAUGGACGACGUCGCGCUCGCGCCCCCGCCGGAGCACGAGGAGGAACUCGGUGGCGGGGCCGUCCGUGCCGAGCGGCGCCGGAGCAGCACGAGAUACGUCUUCGCCUGCUCCGUCUUCGCCUCCCUCAACUCCGUGCUCCUCGGCUACGAUGUUGGAGUAAUGAGUGGGUGCAUUUUGUUCAUCCAGAGGGACCUCCACAUCACGGAGGUGCAGCAGGAGGUGCUCGUCGGCUGCCUCAGCUUCGUCUCCCUCCUCGGCAGCCUCGCCGGGGGACGGACCGCCGACGCCCUCGGCCGUAAGCGCACCAUCGGGCUCGCCGCCGCGGUCUUCCAGGCCGGGGCCCUCGUCAUGACGCUCGCGCCGUCCUUCCGCGUGCUCAUUGCCGGCAGGCUCCUCGCCGGCAUCGGCAUCGGCUUCGGCGUCAUGAUCGCGCCCGUCUACAUCGCCGAGAUCUCCCCCGCCGCGUCCCGGGGCUCCUUCACCUCCUUCCCGGAGAUCUUCAUCAACCUCGGCAUCCUCCUCGGCUACAUCUCCAACUACGUCUUCUCGGGCCUGCCCGACCACCUCGGCUGGCGCGUCAUGCUCGCCGUCGGCAUCGUCCCGUCGGUGUCCAUCGUCUUCGCGCUCCUCGUCAUCCCGGAGUCGCCCAGGUGGCUGGUGGUGCAGGGCAGGGCCGCCGAGGCGCGUGAGGUGCUUCUCAGGGUCACCGACGGCGAGGAGGAGGCCGACGAGAGGCUCGCGGAGAUCGAGGCGGCCGCGGCCAGCGCGGCGAGCUCCGGCGAGACGGUGUGGCGGGAGCUGUCGAGGCCCUCGCCCACGAUCCGCCGGAUGCUGGUCACCGGGCUGGGCAUCCAGUGUUUCCAGCAGAUCACCGGCAUCGACGCGCUGGUGUACUACAGCCCCACCAUCUUCAGGGACGCCGGGGUGACCACCGAGAGCCAGCUCCUCCUCGCCACGGUGGCCGUCGGGUUCUUCAAGACGGCGUUCAUCGCGCUGGCCAUCGUGCUCAUCGACCGCGUCGGCCGGAAGCCGCUGCUGUACGUGAGCACGGUCGGCAUGACCACCUGCCUGGUCGUCCUCGCGGCGACGCUCUGGCUGCUCGCGCACGGGGCGGUGCCCAAGGCCCUCGGCGUCGCCGUGGCCGUCCUGGCGGUGUGCGGCGACGUGGCCUUCUUCUCGGUGGGGAUCGGGCCGGUGUGCUGGGUGACGAGCUCGGAGAUCUUCCCGCUGCGGCUGCGGUCGCAGGCGGCGGCGCUCGGCGCGGCGGUGAACCGGGUGACCAGCGGCACGGUGGCCAUGUCGUUCCUGUCCGUCUCCCGCGGCAUGACCGUCGCCGGCGCGUUCUCGGCGUUCGCGGCCAUCUCGGCGCUGUCCGUCGUGUUCGUGCACAGGUUCGUUCCGGAGACGAAAGGCAAGACGCUUGAAGAGAUCGAGCUGCUCUUCGGCGGCGGUGAGGGGGAGAGUGCGAGUCCAGGGGAGGUGGAGCUCGGUGACUCGGAGCACCUGGUGCGGAAGGGAUGAGAUGGUCACCGUGGUGGUCUCUCGGACUCUCUCAGUUCUCUGAUGGUUCAGUUUGGAACUGUCCCAUCUGAAUGUUUAGUUUCAGAAUGUGCAUUUGAUUCAUUUGUUUAUUUGGUCAUUUAGGACAGAAAUUAUACACAGCAACAGCCUCGCGGCUUCAAUUUUUUUUUUUUUACUUUCAGAACACAAACGAGAAUAGCGGUUGGGGCAGGAAUGAGAUGCUCAAUGUAGUAGUGGUGUCGUAUAUCACAAGAGAUGAGGCAGCAAUAUGAUGAUGUUUCAGUGUGUA